AUGGCGGACUCGGAUAACGAAUCUGGAGGACACAACGCGGGCGGUGAUUUGUCGGCGAGAGAGCAAGACAGGUUUCUUCCGAUUGCUAACGUGAGUCGGAUCAUGAAGAAGGCGCUGCCGGCGAACGCAAAGAUCUCCAAGGAUGCGAAGGAGACAGUGCAGGAGUGCGUGUCGGAGUUCAUCAGCUUCAUAACCGGCGAGGCGUCGGAUAAGUGCCAGAGGGAGAAGAGGAAGACGAUUAACGGCGACGAUUUGCUAUGGGCGAUGACGACGUUAGGGUUUGAGGAGUACGUUGAGCCUCUGAAGGUGUACUUAGCGAAGUACAGGGAAUUGGAAGGGGAGAAGACGACGAUGGGAAGGCCAGGGGAGAAGGACGGUUCAUCUGGAGGAGGUGUUGAUGCUGCAGUAGGCGGCGGAGGUAGUGGCGGAGGAGUUAAUUCCGGUGGAUAUAACGGGAUGUACGGAGGGACAGGGUAUCAUCAAAUGUACAAUUCGGGUCAGUAUCAACAAACGGGUAUGGGUAUGGGUAUGGGCGUUGGAGUGGGUAGUCCAACGGGUAGCCUGGGCAGAUCGGGCAGCAUUGGCAGGGGCGGUGGCGCUUCCUCUUUGAAGCCAGGUCGGUAA